AUGGGACGAUGGGACGUGUUGGUGACCGUGAUUCUAGGGACUUUGGCCAUGAUUGGGCUGGUCCCGGUUCUUUGCGGAGGCGUAAAUGUGGCAUUGCUUCUGCCUAGGAACUCACUCGCAAUUGCAACAGGAGUCGAGAGGUAA